CGGGGCGGAAGCUCCCGAACGGCGUUGGAGCACCAAGGGGCGUGGCAUUCGCUGUGACAGAAUACGUCCCACUUUUUAAGUUCACGCCCAUUUGGAGAUCUCCGGUUUGCCGUUAUAUCUCAUUGCUUAGACAGCUGCAAAUUUACCAUUAGCUCAACAAAUUCUGCCUAUUUACCAUUAUACACGAAACCCAUAUGUCAGAAGGCGAGAAACGUAUUGAGAAAGAGGUUUGCUGAGGGUUGUGUCAGUCUUUCAAUGUAGUGAUGAUGUAUCAAUAGCAUUAGCGCGCUAAAGCAGCUCAGUGCAGCUUUGUUUACAUCGUUCAGUUUCAUAUUUUUAAAAGCCUGUGGACAAUUGGACGUCAGCAUGGGGAUGUGUUUGCCUUGUCUGAGUGGAGCUGAGGAUGAAGUGGUGGUCACACCAGACCCUGAGACAAGGAGAAGACAGCUAGCGGAAGCUGCAGAGAAGCGACAGAAAGAGACGACAUACAGAGGCAUCAAAAAUCCAGAAGCCUUGGACAGGAAAAAGAAGAAACAGGAAGAAGUGGAGAAAGAGGCCUUGAAUCCUUUACCUUCUGUAGGUGGUGGGCUAAAGUGGCAGGUCGGCUAGGCUGAAAGGAGGAUCAAUAGUGUGUCUACAUUGGAGAUCAACCUUCAUCUGCAGUAUUUCCAAGAAAUUUUUGAAGUUUUUCUGUUCUUUUUUUCAUGUUUUGAAGUGAUGCUAUAAAGGAAGUGUGCAUAGAGACUAUAAUUUUUGCCAAGCUCUUCUUUCAGGCCUUCUGACUGGCCAGAGUGCAUUCAAGCCACGCCCUUUAAACGGCAAUAUAUGCUAAUGAGCAUUGAAUGUUUUUUAUGUAACCUUCAUUUAUGUUCAUCAGUAAUUUUCACACACCAACUGCUUUUAUACAGAGAUGCUUUCUAUUUUUAACAUUAUGGUGACCUGAAUGUCAUUUCAAUAUACAUUUAUUCAACAGAGAAGCAUGUUUUGUAAUGGUUUAAGCUGCAUAUUUAGCUAUUAAUAUAUUUAUUUCAAAUCAUUCAUUAAGAGUGCUUUAGGAUGAUUGCAUUGUGUGAUAAUAUUUAUUUUCAAGACUGUACAACAUGUGGGAAAUGUUUGCUAUUUUAGAGUACUGCUAUGGAUGAAGGAUAUUCAUUUAGUUUGAGCACUUUCACUGCCCUUGAUUGUAUACCCUGCUGUUUUUAUCAACCAGGUACUAUAGUGCUUAUAGUGUGAAAUAUACUGUACAUACUGCAUCUAUAGUCUCUGAGCUCUUUAUUAUGGCCUUUCCUGUGCCUACAACAGCUUUCUCAGUACAUGUUGCACAAAAUAUAUCAGUCAAAAGAAACAACCUGUACUGUAGAUUUAAUGCUGAAGGUUUUAAUAAAGAGAUAGUUCAACCUAAAUGAAA